CUCACCGGCGUUACAGCUGGUGCAGAGCGGGCAGCUGCUCUUUGAUCCUGCGUUAGAUGGAAACCUGCAACGGCCUCGCCUGCGCGGCGGUGAAAGCGGGGGGUCUUCAGGCGAAACUACUGCGCUUUACGUGUAGACAAGGCCGAGGGUUGUACCGGGGUGUCUUAAACACAGGGUCUCGAAAGAAGCCACUUCCUGGUUAGCCACAUAAUGGCCUUUGAACACAUACCACGAAAAGACUGGUAUAAAAUUCUGGGUGCAGAACCAUCAGAGAGCCUGACAGAACUGAAACAGAAAUAUCAGAAGCUGGUAUUAUUAUAUCAUCCAGACAAACAGAGCGCAGAUGUGCCAGCAGGAGAGGUGGAGGAGCGUGUGCAGAGGUUCAUCGAAAUUGAUCAAGCGUGGAAAAUUCUAGGGAACGAAGAGACAAAAAAAGAGUAUGACCUACAGCGCCGUGAAGAUGAUCUAAUGCAAACAUGGCCAUUGGAUGCUCAAAUUUAUCUUGAAGACAUGUCCUGGAAUAAGGAUGAACAUUGUUAUACACGCUCAUGCCGAUGUGGUGGGAAGUAUACUGUCUCCAGAAAUGAAGCUGAAGAGGUUUCCUUGGUUUGCUGUGACACAUGUUCAUUAGUUAUAGAGAUCCUUCGAUGAAAUAACAGUUGUCCCACUUGCACGUGUUGGUUUCAUCCAGCUGAAUAUUCAGUGGAGAGAAUCGGUUAGUAAAUGUGUCAGGGAAAAGGUGUGCAUUACAAGUGCUAGCACCCUAUCACAGCUGAAAAGGAGGGCUUAAAUCUAUUUUCAAGUUUUAACCAGAAGAUCUUAAAGUUACAAACAAAAGAGCUAUAAGUGCUUCAGUUAAUCAAACUAGACACAUUUCUGUACUUAAUAGAAUGUGAACUGUCCUGUGAAAAUGGUGCUUGUUCUGCCUGUUUUCAUUGAUUUGAAAACUGUCCUUUUCCUGCCCUAUAAAUGAGUGCUUUCAUAAUUUUUAAUUAAUUUAUUUACAUUCCAUUUGUGGAAGUAGCACUGAGCUUUCUGGUCUAGCUGACACUCCUUUCUCCCUAAGAUUAUAUCAGUUGUAGCUGGGGGACUACCUUCAGAAUACCUAAGUCUCACAUUACCAGCAAAGAUGACAAAAGUUACCUUAUAAACACUUAACAUGAGAAGUAUUUUUCUGAAAACAAAACUGUGACACUGUGAUUUGAAGAGAAUGGAGAUCAGCCUAAUAUGUUAAAAUGAGGGAAGGUAAUAUUCCUAGGAAGCAGCUGCUGUACAAAACAAUGGUCCUGUGCCUUUUAAAAAAAAUGAUAAAAGCUUUUUAAGCAGUCUUACGUUAUGCAUAUACAACUGAAUCGAGGGGCUUAUACGCACAAAGUUGUUACCUCUUUCCUACAUGUCAUGUGUUAGUAGACUCCAGUAGUUAAGAUCAGAGCCAUGUAAUAGUUUAAUGAUGUCUCCCACAUAUUAAGGACUGCAUUUCUGCAAAUGUGCCGUUUAAAGUGUUGCUAAUACACAGAGUGGUUCUGCCACCUCAAGAAUUUGCAUGGUGAGUUGUGUCCAAGAAACAGGUUUGCAAUCAUUGCUUUGUCUAAGUCAUUCAGACUUUUAAUUUAACUACAUUUGUAAUAUUAUGAAUGGAAACUUGGGACUAGGUCCACAAUAGGAUUUAGGCACCAAGUCAAAAAUUUAGAUCCUCAAGGCCCCUGCUCAGCUGCUGCCUAAUCCUGCAUGUGGCUAAAAUCUCUAGGUGCCUAAGUUGCUAGUGGUGAAAUCCCCAACGUGCCUAUAUUUCUGUGAGUGGACAAGUACAAAACCACUUAAGUCCUGACACCACUGAGCUGCUCAGGAUCUGAUCUGGUAGGUAUUCUCAGAGGCUGCCUAAGAGCGUACCUACUGGAUUGGACCACACAUAAACCAGGGUGGGGAUAGCAUUCUCCCAAUACCCAGUAACCCAGUGGUUGAACACUCACCUGGGUUGUGAGUGACCUGGGUUCAGGUCCCCACUGUGCCUGGUCUGGAGCAAGGACUUGAACCCAGGUCUACCCCAUCCUAGAUGAAUACCCCAAUCACCAAGUUAUAGGGUAUUGUGGACUGAGUCUCUCCUGUUGUUGCUGUUCUGCUUAAAUAGUCAUUAGUACAGGGACUGGAACCUGGGUCUCACAGGUGAAAUCCUAACCACUGAGCUAUAGAGUCACUCUCUUUCUCUGGCCCAGUUAAUAAUGGCCACCAUCACCACCUAAUUUUUUUGUGAGAAAGGGCUGACCUGGCUUAAGUGUCUAACUCUAUGAGUUUAUGGCUGUGAAUCCCUUGUGAAGAUGGGUGCCCAGCUACCCUUGAAGGGCAGGGCAACUCAUGCUGUGUAUGUUCUGUGGAAUGUUACUGAAAAAUGACUGGAGUGGCAAAAAAAAAGUUAACCUGUCAGCACUAUGGCUACUGCCACGCGAGCAUGGGGUGCCUGAGGACAAAGUAUCUAAUAGAGAAACAGUACCAUGGUACAUUUAGCUAUGUGAAGUAGACUGAUUUUCAACAGAAUCUGUGUAUGACAGGGUUGCAUUAUGUAAUGUUCUAAUAGACGAUCUGAUAGAGGACAAUAUAGGAGGUGUGAAACUUAGAUUCAUUUUUUGAGGAUCUCAAGUGCAUGGAUGAUAUUGCCUUACCUGGAGAGGCUAUUGACCAACUACAGCUAAUGCUGGAAGAACUGCAAAAAACUGCAGAAUCUAUGGGACUUCAGAUUAAUGAUUAUAAAACCAAAGCCAUGCAUGCCUCCUGUAAAAUGGAAACAAAUGACCUGCCAAUGCUCCAAGUAGAUAGCAAUGACAUUGAAUAGAUGAAUAGUUUUAUCCAUUUGGGUAGUCAGUUGACAGCAGGAAGUGCUGUAUCCAAAAGUUGUCAUGUUAGAUUGGUUUUGCAUUAAUGACAUUUCACCAUCUUCAGAGCCCUCUAUUUGGGCAGCAGGAUAUGUGUGUCAUAACUAAGAGUUCAAUGCAGUAGUGAUGACAGCUCUGUUGUAUGGACAAGAAACAUGGCCAUUAAAAACAACUGAGAAGAGAAUACUAGACAGUUUUUAGUGUCAAAAGUUACAGCAUAUUCUUAAAAUCCUUUAGUUUGAUUUUUGCCACAAACUAGAUGAUCCUGGCAAGUUGCAACAGUUGAGAACAAGUUGACUGCAUUGGUGGGGUUAUGUCCAAUGUAAAGAAGGAGGUACACUUUUACAGAAGUUUAUAGAGCUCAGGUUGAAGAAAGCAGGGCAUGAAGCUAACCAUGAAUGAGGUUGGAAGAUACUAUUUUGAGAGAUUUAAGAAGCCUAAAUCCUCCCAUCCUGACUCUUGCUGAAGGAAGAGGACUUGCAAGGGACCAUUCAAGAUGAAAGUCCACUCUACAUGCCACCACAGCUACAUCAUAGCCACGUGAAUCUGCUGCUGCUUAUGCUCCACCACUCUCCUUAGUAUUUUGUUCUGCUUAGCUUGGGUAGCCCCCUGACUCAGCUUGCUGCCUUCUGUUAAUCCCACUCUUAGGUGCUUAACUCUCCCCAUGCAUUGUACAGGGAGAUUGGGAGCCUAAGAUUAGGUAUUGUGAUGCUGAGCCGAAAUCCCCUGUGAGGAUCUAGCUGUUAGAAUAUAAGACCUGGUCUACACUGAGCGGGGGGAAUCGAUUUAAAUUACGCAGCUUCACGUAGCUGAAUUUGACAGAUCUACUUACCCUGGUGUCUUCACUGUGGUAAGUCGACUGCUGACACUCCCCCGUCGACUUCGCCUCUCGCUCCGGUGGAGUACCGGAGUCGGGAGAGCACUCGGCCAUCAAUUUAUCCCGUCUAGAGUAGACGCGAUAAAUUGAACCCACUGGAUCGAUGGCUGCCCUUCGAUCUAGCUGAUAAUGUAGACAAGCCCUAAGACACUUUCUUGUGCAUAAAGGGACUCACCAUGAAUAGUUUAAGAAAGACAAAUAACUUAUUCUGUAAUUACAACAGUAUUUGUAUUUAAUUUCCAUAACUGACUUCUAGAAAAAAACAUAUGCUGAUGUUAAUAAAGAGAGACUUAAGCUCAAAGAGUUUGAUAUCUUAGUCAUAAUGUUUAAUUUUUUGUAAAUACAAACACAUUGUUUCAUUCACUCAGUAAAAAAAAGCUAUUAAAGCAUUGUAAGACAGUUAAGUAAACUGGCAGAAUUCACUUAUUAGUUCUCUUAAUCAUCCAAAAAUCUGUGACCGUUGGGGCUAGCACGCAGAAAUCCCAAAUCAUUCAGAGGCCAUAUCUGUAAAAUGAAAUAUAGUAAAAGUUAAUCAUUGAUUAAAACUCUAAUUUCAAUGCAGUACUCACCCAUUUAUCCAAAUGGCCUGAGGGACAUCAGAAAGUUUAAGGUAACUGACCGGAUAAGUAGAGUGCUAUUUUGUGCUUCAGUUUCACUGAUGUAGAAAUGUGGGGACUGAAGGGAGUAAUGCUGAUGUUUGCUUAAUACUUUGUACUUUAUAAAAGAGUAAAAUUUACUGAGUUUAUUAAAACACCAAAAAUGUAUUAAACUACUGUGGACAGAA